UAAAAAUUUUGAAGUUUAUUAAUCAACUAACAAAAAAAAUUGACAAUACGUCUGUCAAAAUAUUGGCGCAAACUACUUAGCCAAAUUAUUAACACAAAAAAUAUAAACAAAAAAUUGUUACUGGUAAAAAAUAAAUUAAUAAAGUAGGCCAGAAGACAAAGUGAAAAUAAAAAAGUUCUUUGAAAAAAAAUACUGACAAUCGAUACAGCGCAAAGCAAAUCACAGCAAGCGCGGUGAAGUAGGCGUCGUUAAAAGACAGACAGACGGAAAAAUAUAUAAAAUAAUUUUGAAGAGGAACAAAAACGAAAACAUUUCACAUCUCCCGUCGUCACUAAAAAGAUGUAUAUUGUACAUCGUCAACGUUUGCAAAAACUAUAAAUUAUUUUAUCAGAAACCAAUUAACGAUAAAUGGAGACAUUCUAUAAGAAAGGAACUUGUAUAAAAGGAAACACAAAUAGAUUGUUCUAAAAAAAAUAUUUUUGUGCGUGAUUUCCAUUUCCACUCACUGCCACCGUUGGUGAAUUUUGAAGAAUUUAGCUAAAUGUUAACUGUAUUAUUUGACCAUUGAACAUAUUAAAAUACGUGUACGCCAGGGUAAAAUCAAUAUUACUAUAUAAAAUGUUAUCGCCCGACACUUUACAUCACCAGGAAGAGGUUAACUCUGCUCUGGACCGACAGAUACGCCAGGAUAUUCAAGAUAUGGCCCAAGAAGCUCAAAUUCAAGCACAAAUUAUAGCACACGAAGCACGGGACCGAUUUCAGUCCACCUCCAGUGUCGACGAUGAUGCACAUGAAGAUAUUGAACAUGACGGCGUUACUGUACUGGGCGUUGUGGAGGAAGACGAUCACCAUGAAACUAUAGUAGAAGAAGAUAUAUCUGAACAUGAUAUGUCCGAUAUGCAUGAUGUCAAGGAUUACAAAGAUAUGGUUAUGGAUUCGCAGGAUGGAGGUCUGCCAAGAAAAAGAAGAGGCAACCUUCCGAAACAUUCUGUGAAAAUACUCAAGCGUUGGUUGUAUGAACAUCGUUAUAAUGCCUAUCCUAGUGAUGCCGAAAAAUUUACCUUAUCGCAGGAAGCGAAUUUGACAGUGCUCCAGGUAUGCAAUUGGUUCAUUAAUGCUCGCCGCCGAAUACUGCCAGAAAUGAUUAGACGUGAAGGUCAAGAUCCAUUGCACUUUACAAUAUCGCGUAGAGGUAAGAAACUAAACUCGUCAAUGAAUUCUACGGGUAGUUUGAAUAACUCGGGAAAUGCACCAAAUCCUAUUACUGGUAGUCCGGCUUCAGAAGUAAUUGUAGGAGCCACCGAAGAGGUAGAAGGUGAAGAGGUACAUGAUGGAGUUGCCAACGUACUGACAGCUCUGGGACACUUUGUGCAAACGCCGGGUGGCCAAAUGGUUAAGGUAGAACCCGAUAUGGAAUAUGAUGACAGUGUUAUUUACAGAUCUGAAGAUGAUAGUGUGAAUGAGUACGACACUUGUGAGGCCCAAAGCGAGGAAGAAAGUGGUGGUAAAUUUGAAAGUUCUGAUGCAUGGCAAUCGGUAAUGAAUACCGAGGAAGUGACGACCACCAGUCCUACUGCUACAAAUAAUACAUAUUGGACAUCGGCGCCGCAUCCCCAUUUGUCACAUCUGCCCCAACAAACCUCAAACGAAAGCACUCUAACUACACAAGCGGCAGGUAACACAGGAAUUGCUGCUGUCUCCCAUCAAUCUGCCAAUAUUGUUUUAUCCACUGGCGAAGUGGUUACCGAGACGGCAUGUGUUGGAGCUGAAGCCACUGUUGUCACUUCACAUACUCCUGGUUCGGGAGGACAAUUAAUGGCUGCCAAGCAUAAUAACAACAGCUUGCUUAGCAAUAUUAAUACACUUCCCAAUAACAACAAUAAUACAAUUACCUCUAGUGUACAAAUCAUACCACCUAGCACAACAUUAGUAAAAGCUAUCGCAAAAGAUAAAUUCAAAUGCUUGUAUCUGUUGGUCGAGACGGCGGUGGCAGUGCGCCAACGUGAAAAAGAACAGGAUGAAGACAUUCAUGUCUUGGGCAAUUGAGUCAUAACGAAUUCCCCUAUUAACCUCAUCACCACAUUCAUUCAUAUCCAAACAACAGCAUCAAAUCUCUAAGAUUUUACGGAAUUUUUAAUUCUUUUACAAUAUUUUUUGUUAUUUUUUGUAUCCAUUAAAAUGAUUUCUACUAUAGUUUUAAAUGUAUGAAAGGAAUAUAUUUCCAUUUCGUUUCAAUAUUUUAAUUUAUAAUCGUAGUAAUGUUUUAAACAAGUUGUUUUUAAAGAAGAUUUCAAGAUCUCUUUCGUCUUCGUUUUACUUCCAUUUAUUAUCAUCAUACUAAACAGUUUAAAAACGAUUUUUAACUUUUUUUAUAUUCUUAGAUGUUUUAAAUAUUUUCAUUUCCACAUUUUAUAAAUAAAUAAAAAACGAAACUUUAAUCGAGUUUAUAAAUUAAAUAGAAAUAUUUAUCAAGGUGUUUUCAAAAUCCGCGAGUAUUUGAAAAUUUUAAUAAAAAAAAUGUGUACAAUAUUAUAAUUAAAUCUUAGUAAUCACUUAAAAUUAGAAUUAACUUACAAAUAACAAUGAAAUUAGGCAAGUAUUUUUGUAUAUAAUAAUUAAAUGCAGCCAAAUAAAGAAACGACUUUUUAUGGUUUAAAAAAAA